UAACCAUUUUGUCAAAUUGCCUGAAAAAGAGGGAGAAAAGGCGAUUGCAAUCCGUACUACCCAACGGUAACGGCGACGUCUGCACUAGGCAAUUCCCGCCUUUUAAAUUUCUCUUUCCCUCUUUUUUUUUUUUUUUUUCCUUCUCUCUUUAUCCCCAAAUUCAAAGCCUCACGGCGGAGCUCUCCAAAACUGAAAAACCUAAUUCACUGAUUCCACUCAGCUCUCUCUCUCUCUCUCUCUCUCUCUCUCUCUCUCUCUCUCUCUCUCUCCAGAGCUCCAUCUUCGACAUCUCCGGCAUCCCCCAAGAUGCGGAAAACGGCGGCGUUUCAGGGGGCCAACGUCUUCAUGUCGCGGAACCUGGUCCCGCCCGAGAUGUUCGACGCUCUUCACGACGCGCUUAAGCACAACGGCGCCAAUGUCUUCCUCUGCUGCGACCCUUCUCGCACCGCCCCCAACGACUACCACGUCAUCGAGUCCUCCGAUCACGUGAAGUUUGAGGAUCUUAGAGCCAAAGGUUGCAAUUUGCUAGGUCCUCAAUGCGUGUUUGCUUGUGCGAGUGAGCAUAGGGCUCUGCCUAAACAAGGGUUUACUUGUUGCCUUGCAAUGGAUGGUUCCAAAGUACUUGCGUCGGGUUUUCAGGGGGAUGAAAAGAUUAAGAUAGAGAAGUUAGUAACAGCAAUGGGGGGAGUUUUGCAAACGCAAACAUCAUCGGAUGUUAACUUUGUCAUUGUGAAGAAUGUAUUGGCUGGAAAAUACAAGUGGGCUUUAAAUACUUUGAAGAAGCCAAUUGUCACGGUUAAUUGGUUAUAUCAGUGCUGGAAAGAGCAUCGCACUGUGUCUCAAGAUUCAUUUAGGGUUCUUCCUUUUUCUGGGCUGACAAUCUCUGUAACCAGAAUUCCAGCAGAUGAGCGAAAGAAGAUUGAAAAGCUUAUCAUAGAAAAUGGUGGAAAAUAUUCUGCUGAACUAACAAAGAAGUGCACGCAUUUAAUUUCUGAUGCUCCAGAAGGUGACAAAUACAAGGUUGCACGAAGAUGGGGCCACAUUCAGAUUGUAACUCAAACAUGGUUUGAUCAAUCUAUUUCUAAAAGAGCUUGUCUUCAUGAGGAGUCCUAUCCUGUUCAAGGUGGUUCUAUAUCUUCAAAUAAAAGUGUAAGGGGUUGCUUUACUUUGCAGAAUAGCCAAAGCAGUGCUAGUGGGAACUUGCAAUUUGUGCCACCAUCGGUGGUUGCAGAUUCAAACUUGACAGCUGCCCCUUGUUCUGGAACUGUGGAUUCUGAUUUAGAAGCUACUGUCUCACAAAAGAUGACCACUAUAUUUUCUUAUGCUCCUUUUGUUGUGAAAAAUGAGGAUAGUAAGGCACCUACCUUUGAUCCCUUGGAGUCCAAAAGUGAAGUGAACCUUGAUGGUUGUGUUGCCGAUGAUUCUCAGUCUGAAGGUGAUGACCUGUACUUGUCAGAAUGUAGAAUAUCUCUUAUUGGCUUUGAAGCUUCCGAAUUGCGUAGACUGGUUAAUAUGGUUCGCAGAGGUGGGGGCUCCCGAUAUAUGUCGUUCAAUGAUAAAUUGACGCACAUAGUAGUUGGUACUCCUUCAGAAAUCGAAAAGAAAGAGGUAAGGGGUCUUGCAGCUUUAGGGGUCAUUCAUGUUGUUAGAACUGCCUGGCUUGAAGAUUGUGAUCGUGAGAAAAAAGAGAUCCCUGUUCUCCAAAGGCACAUCGCCCACGAUCUACUUCUUCCUGAAGGAGCACUAACAAGUAUGACUAACAAGGUUAAAGGUGGAAUCUUGAUGGCUCAUCUAAGCAUGCCUGCUGAUCAAUUACAAAGGAACACAAGUGCUGCAACUGGAAUGGGAAUGUUGGAGAAGAACAGAGAAGAGAAACCAGAAAUUAACAUGAAAGGUGACGGAUCCAUGGAAGCAGCUGUUGGACUAUCCAAACGAAGUAAGCUAACUGUCCUAAAUGGCAAAAGUAAGGUUCAAUUAAAUGAUAAAACAAAUGGUCUACAGAAGGUGCAACAUGAUUUCAAUGUUCAGAACGGCAAGCCAUCAUCUGUCUUUAAGGGGAGAAUAUUUUGCUUUUCAAAUUCCUUUCCUGAAGAUAAGAGAGGUCAAAUCAUUGAAUGGGUAAUUCAAGGGGGAGGAGAGUUAGUUGAUGGCCAUAUAAAACAGAAAGUGCACUUCAUUAUUGAAUGUCAUGGUGUGAGACCUAUAUCCCUGGAUGCUACUGAAAGUACAUAUGUAUCAAGUCACUGGAUCAGGUCGUGUUUGGAGGACGGAUGCUUGGUGGAUGUUACUAGUCACAUUCUAUAUGCUCCACUUCCCUGCCUGAUUCCUUUGCCUGGAUAUGAAAACUUCCGGUUUUGUGUUUCUCAAUAUAAUGAGAAAGAUAGAGUUUUACUAAGAAAUUUAUGUUAUACACUUGGAGCUAAAUUGGUGGAAAAGUUUACGAGGAAGGUUACCCAUUUGCUGUGCAAGUUUACCAAUGGACCAAAGUAUGAGGCUGCUCUUAAAUAUGGUAUACAUACAAUUACGUCCGACUGGAUAUAUGAAUGUGUGAAGCAGAAUAAAGUCGUUGCUCUUGACCAAUUUUGUCCAAAAGAAGUCACUGCUGAAGAUCGGGAGGCAGGGCUGUGCACCACAAGUCAGUAUCCUACACAAGCUUUUCAAACAAUAUUUGGAGGCAAUUCGUCUGAGUGUCCAAGUCAGUUACAAGACCCGAGAAACUCAUCUGCUGAAUUUAUUGGCAAUAGAAAUGACAGCCUCAGAGAAGAGGCCAAAGAAUCAAGCUUUUCCAAUAAGAAGGCAAGGGUUUCAAAAGUAGACUCUUCUGGGGUGCAUUUAAGUAUUCCUGUCUGUACCACUGGAGUCAGCAAGAAAGUUCCAGGUGAAGUUUCUUCAGUUGUUCCUGAUGUAGCUUCUGCUAUUGAGGACUUACUGGAGCAGACAAGUAAGAUUCAUGAUCAGCAAUCGCCAGGGAGAAGUUUGUGCGAUGGCAAUGUAUCCUUUUACCCUUAGACACUAAAUUUCAUUGUUUCACUAUCAACUUUUGUAUGACUACAUUGCUUGAUUGUUAAACAGAUUUUUUCACCGGAUUGUUCAAUUCUUCGUGAAGAGCGCUCGGAUUCUCACUCCGUCAUUGGAUUAUCGAGAUCUAACUGGUUAAACAGUGCUGGGAAAAAAGAUGACAUGCACAAUCCUUCCGGAGAACAGAAGGCUGGCUUUUACGAUGGUUUUAGCGAAACACAGACCGAGUCUCAGGUUGUUGGUUACGAGGAAGAUUUGUCAGGCCGGCAAAUGCUUAUAGAUAGAGUACGAACCCGAAGCAGCCUGUCUUGAAUUGAAAUACUAGUGCAGUCCCCCAUCUAUAUUGUCAAACCACUUGCUAACUCGAAGGCUUCUUGCUAAAUGCCGUAUAACGAAAUAUAUAUUCGGACCACUGGGGGUAGCAGACCAAUUGCUUGUUCGAGUGGUGGUUUCAGGUAAACCUUGUUUGCUGAAAGUUUCAGCAAAGGCGGUAAUGGCAAUUAUUCAGCAGGCAUUUGUGCAAGUUUUGAAGAUUGAGGGUUUGAUGGCAAACUAUAUCUCUUGUGCGGGCCUGGAUGUGUUUACACAUAAUUUUUAAAAUUUUUGUAUUACAACAAUGCUUGCUUUCCGUCAAGCGGUAAUCGAGCUGCUUAUUGCCUUUGUAUUUCAAUGGUUGCAAGGCUGUUGCCCUCUUACAAUAGUAAGAAGGCCAUUGGGACUGAUCAAUAAGCAUAAGUUGAGGUACUUCAUCAACAACACCAGAAUUAAGUAGCCACCUAGUGCUAUGGUCUGGUGGUAUUCCUCUUCACUUGCAAGUGAGAGGUCUUAGGUUUGAUUCUCGUUAAAGGCGAAUUUGAACCACAUUGUUGUUAGCCCAUUGGAAGGCUUAACUAACUCUCUUUCUUUUUAUAGAUAAUAUCGUUUUUUUAAAAAA